GUCGCAGCUGCUAAUUAGCCUACCACCCUCGGGUUCGCUCCUGCCCCUCGGGUCCAGCCCGCACGCACCUGCCUGCUGUCCGCAUCAUCGCCUCGACCAGACCUGACGUCGUCCAGAUCACUUUUUCGCCUCUCCUCCUCUGCGCCUGCUGCAUCUCUCCACGACGACAGAGCGCCUUCUUGUCUCUCUGCUUCCACCACAGACACUGUCGAGACACCUCCAUCCCCAAGCUGCAGACCGGUGCUCCUCUGCCGAAUCCUUCUCGGCCCGGCUUGGCGCCUCACCCCCCAGACCCCCGUGCUCCACCCGUUCCCGGGCCCCCAGUCUCAGCAAGCCUUCCCGGCAUCGUGCAUAUCCCGCCGUGGCACCGCAGAUCACAACCUACACUUACAUACUUGCACAUCAGCACCGCCCGCAACAAGCAAGUACAGGCAGUACGGUCCUAGCAUGGAGCAUUUUCCCUGGAAGCCCAUCACCGCCUCCUCGGCCCUCGUCUCCCUCCUUCUUGCCAGAUAUGGCGACGACAAGAUCCCCAACCUGGGCUAUGCCGCCACCUUUGCCGGCUCCUGGCUGACCCAGGCUGGCGCGGUCCUCAUCUAUGCUGUCUUUGUCUAUCCAAAGUUUCUCUCGCCGUUGAUCGGCCUCCCAGAACCGCCAGGGGGCUCGUGGUGGAACGGCCACUUUGGUACCAUUGUGAAGGAGCCCAGUGGUCUUCCUCACAGGCGAUGGACAUCCACGCUCGAUCACGAUGGCGUCAUCCGCUACCUCGGCCCCUUGAACCAGGAACGCCUGCUGGUCGUCGGUUCCAAGGGGCUCUCCGAGGUUCUCGUCACAAAGAGCUACCAGUUCACCAAGCCCCCAAGCGUGCGGGCCGUGCUCGUUCGCCUGCUGGGCGACGGAGUUCUUGUCGCCGAGGGCGAUGACCACAAGGUUCAACGCAAGAACCUCAUGCCCGCUUUUGCCUUCCGCCACAUCAAGGACCUGUACCCUGUCUUUUGGCGCAAGAGCCGUGACAGCGUGCACGCCCUGACGGAUUUCAUUGACUCGGACUCCGCUGCUACUGCUUUAGCAGAUGUCGAAAAGGCCAAGCGGACAGCAGUCAUCGAGGUCGGCGAUUGGGGCUCCCGCGCCACUCUCGACAUUGUCGGCACUGCCGGCCUCGGACGUGACUUUGGUUCUCUGCGGGAUCCUGACAAUGAGCUUACAAAGGUCUAUGGCAAGCUGUUCAAGCCGAACCGGCAAGCCGUGAUUCUUGGCCUCAUAGGACUUUUCGUGCCCGAGUGGAUCCUCGUCCGGCUCCCGUUCCGCCGCAACAGCGACAUCCUCUACGCAUCGAACUACAUCCGUAACGUCUGCCGUGAUUUGGUCAAGGAGAAAAAGGCUAAGCUGCAGGAGAAGGGCGAAACCGACGUCGACAUCUUGUCAGUGGCCCUCGAGUCUGGCGGCUUCACGGACGAAGACCUGGUGGACCAGCUCAUGACGUUCCUCGCCGCAGGCCAUGAGACCACCGCCACGUCUAUGACGUGGGCAAUCUACAUGCUCGCCAAAGAUCCGGAGAUGCAGCAACGCCUGCGCGACGAGGUUCGCAAGAACCUGCCCUCCAUGGACUCGACACAGGACGUCACCAGUCUUGAGAUCGACCACCUUCCGUUUUUGAAUGCCUUCUGCAACGAGGUUCUGCGUUACUGGGCCCCCGUCCCAAUGACCCUGCGCCACGCAGCAGAGGAUACCACUAUCCAAGGCAUCAAAGUGCCUAAGGGGACGCGCAUUAUGCUGUGCUCGUGGGCAACAAACUUUGACACCACACAAUGGGGUCCAGACGCGGGGGAGUUCAAGCCCGAGCGCUGGCUGGCGGACCCGGAUACAGCCACGACCGAGGAGAAGCAUCGCGCUGCGAGCGGUGGCGCCGCGAGCAACUAUUCCAACAUGACAUUCUUGCACGGCCCGCGCAGUUGCAUUGGCCAGGCGUUUGCCAAAGCCGAGUUUGCGUGUCUCCUGGCUAGCUGGGUCGGCCGUUUCCAGUUUGAACUGAAGAACGAGAUUGAUCGCGAUGAGAGCCAGCUUGACAUCAAGGGUGGUGCAACGGCGCGGCCUUCGAGGGGUCUUUAUGUGCACGCAACGGUUGUGGAGGGGUGGUAAAAGGCCGGGCGGUCGUGCUGAACAAACAGGGAGAUGAGACCCAGAGAAUGAAGUAUAUGCGCACUAUGUAUGUAGAAGGUUGGCGCAUUUUAUGAUUGCUAUGAAAUGCUAGCGAUACCCCAACUCCAAUGUACAUUGUGAAAACCCAACCAUGC